CUCUUUUUACUCGUUCAGAACAGAAUAGGAAAUUAUGUCCGAGUUCCACGCGGUCCAGCAUCCAAUUCUUCCAGUGCUCCAUGUGUUUUGAUCUGGUGUCCCGUCCGGAUAUUUGUGAAUUCAAUUUUCAAUUUUGAAUACCAUGUCAUAAAACGCGAACGCGUUUCCCGUUCUCUGGCCGUGUGGUGUUUGUUUGUUUACAUUCGAAAAUAUAUUGUGACUUGAAAGAUGGGCAUGAUGAGGAGCUGCGCAAGGCACAGUGUUUGCUUCCUGUCUUUCACCAUGUGGAUGGCGGGUUGCGCCCUUAUUGGCUGCAUGUUGUGGAUUCUGGCGACAUCUCCAGCUUUGCGAGAUUUCUUCAUGGGGACGACGAUAUUUUCCUAUGUUGUCAUGGGAAUCGGUGGAGUUUUAUUCCUCAAUGGCCUUCUUGGAUGGAUUGGCUCUUACAGAAGAGGAAACUGCGUUAUGAAACUCUUUUUACUAGUUGCUGUCCUGACUGUAGCAGCAGAAAUCGGAGGAAUCGUUGCAUUCAAUAUUUUAAAUUUGAAGACGACAGAUAUACUUGAAAAUGGAUGGAAAGAGGUUAAUGAAGACGCAAAAAAUAUUAUUCAGAAUCAGCUGCAUUGCUGUGGUUACCAAGGCCCUGAAGAUUUCACAGCAAACACGAACCCUAUUCACGAGAGCUGCUACACUAAAUUAACACCGGGCAGCUCCAACUCAUCAACUACGGAAGUUCGGAAACUAAACAGGGUUGGUUGUAAAGAACGAUUACUCGAGUGGUUUUAUACGAACAAAUAUAUAUGGAUAAGCAGUCUAGGCGGCGUGCUAUUAUUUCAGGUUGCCAGUGUACUUUUUGCGGUUUAUCUCAUCAAUCAGUUGGGUCGAUCAAGGCGGUCCUCAGCGGAAUCUCUUGACAUGGAUGUGGAUCCAAUGACUCACCAUCCUCAACCUUACUUUUGACUAGUGCCAGCAUGGCAAGAUCAGUUUCUUACUGGUUAUCAGUAUAGAGAGAAAUAUUAAGCUAAAUAAUUCUCUUGACAUCGUUAAUGAACAGUGAAGAUGCAGUUAGAUGUGUACACUAUAGCAGUCUAUGUCCAGGUGCAACUGUAGACUACGGUCAGUGGAGAUUCUGUUGAAUUGCACAGAACUGUUUUGUUUGUGCUGCGACUGGAUUCUUUUAAGUAAAGUCUUUUAAGGAGUUCUGAAAAGAAAAUAAUUUUCAUCUUUAGCAAAGAAAUCCAGACGGUUUCAUCUAUGCUCAAGGGGUAAAAUUGACAGAAAAAAAUCCUUGGAGUUCAAUUCAAAUGAAGGCGGAUGGUUGGUGAUUUUUUUUCCUGCUUCUUUUGAAUCUAAAAAUUCUUCAGAAAGUCAUCUUUUAACCACAGUUCUGUAAUUAUGCAUCUAAUUAUUCCUUUUAAGGCAUUAAAUACAUAGUUUAAUAUAUUUUAUUUGAUCUCAAAAUUGAAAAUUUGCUUGAGAAAAUGAUACAAAUGUCCUCAUAUUUUAUUUAUUUAAAACAUAAUGCAAUUUUAUGUCCUUAUAAUAUGUUUUUAUAAUGCAAUGUCCUAAUCAGUGCUUGUUGAUUGCGCUGUAAUGAAUUUGAAAAACCGAUCGAAUAUGCUGGACACUAGACUACAUUUUUUACAUUUGUAUUCACUAAAUUCAAAUAAAAUGUAUGGCAAUGUAUUAUAUGCCUUUUUACUUGUGAAGGUUAAAAAAAAAAUCAGUACUAAAUUCAAACAAGUUGUAUAUUUUUCAUGGCAAUGAAAUGUGGCAAUGCAAAUGUAUGCUUUUUCUAUUUGUAAGUUAUUUGAUCUUCAUUUGGGAAAAAGUGGAUGAUGAACCUUUUAUGACGAAUUAGUUUUUUAGCAUUAGAUUUCUUUUUUAAUUUAGAAACAGAUAAAUUGAUUAUUUUACCAUAAAAUGAAUCGAAAUUUUUUAAAUAUAUGUAUUAUGGUACUUCAUAUUUUAAGCUAAAACCAAGGCCUGGCGUGACACUUUUACAAAACUUUUAAAGCAUUCCAGCUUCAGAAAACAAUGCUGGCGUUUUUGUUUGUCUCUUUUCUUUUUCAAAUCGCAUUCUGAAAUUUAUUUGCAUUAUUGAACUAAUAAAGCACUAGAAAAUUAACAAGAUCCCACUCCAAUAAAUGUAUUAUAUCUACUACAUUUUAAACGUUUUGCCUAGAAUGUCCAGAUAACUACAUUUUAUUCGAAUUUAUGAUAAAUAACGCAUUUCAUUCCGAGAAAGACUAGUUCCGCGCAAAUGACGAAGAUCACCUGAGUUUUUAAAAAGACUGAGAGUUAAAAACAUGCGUUUAUGUUACUGCAAACGUAAAAUAGAUAAAGAAUUUAUAAAAAUCACAUAUUUCCUUCCCUCGUGUAAUCAACUCCGAACAGUUUCUUAGAAACAGAGGCAAAUAUGAAGACUGACGACCGUUACAGUGUUACGACACUAAAAUUUGACGCAUGUUCUUUGCAUCAUUUCAAAUGUUAAAAUAAAUAGCUGUUUGAUUGCGGAAAAUAUUUGCAGAAACUUGACUAUUACAUUUAUUCUAGGAAACUCUCCCGUCCCCUUCACGGCAAAACAAAUUUUGGUCUUUACUUAAAAUGCCUUCUUAAUAACAAAAAAAUAACAAAAAAAAAAAAAAACGCAUACAUGAAGAAAAUAUUUCAUGCUGUAAACUAUCUUUAUAUCUCAAAUUCAUCAACACUAUCAGCAGUGGCGUUGUUAUGGGAAGGGGGGCGGUCCCCUGCGUGUCCCAAAGUGAAAUUGCAAAUUUUUGAAAAAUAUAAAGCUAAAAUUCAUUUUUAAGACUACAAAUUUGAAAAAUUUCCCGGGGUGGGGUGUCACCACAAAUUCUCGCCCCGGGUGUCACCCAUGCUAGGUACGCCACAGCUAUUAGUUACAUCUUUUAAAAACCAUCUCAUCAACAGUUCAUAAAAAUUCACCAUCACUGUCGGGCGGCUACUUUCAUGUAGGUUUAUCAUCGCAGUUAAAAUCAGAAAAUUUUUCUAAUACUGAAUCUUACUCUAUUUGAAAUAUUUUAAUAAUACUAUCAGACGCGUAUAAUCGAAUCUCUACAUUUAAGUUACAUAAUUCUUUAGAAUGUUUCUCAUCGUUGAAGCUUUCUGACUAGAAACACAGUAAAAAUAUGGUUUCAACGAAGUUUCUAAGUAAUGAUAGUAUCAAUUGGCGUUCAAAAAUACCCAUAUUUAUUACUCCAUAACUCUCAGGGGCGGAUACAGACUACCAUUUUAGGGGGUCAUGCUGAAGAAUGUCCCCCCCCCCCACACAAACGAACCUACGGUUUUGGGUACAAAAAAUUCUAAAACUGCUUGGAUGUCAAUAAAAACC